CCAGCCUUACACAGUUACCAAUCAUGGUGGAUAUUCUAUUUUACCUUCAGAAACUUGUAACACUCGAAUAAUGGACGAACACACGGCAAAUUCAGUGGUUUCUGAUAACGCUGCGGACAAUCAACGUCUUCUGAAAAGACAUCGCGCCCGCCACACCAAGUCUCGCGAUGGCUGCUAUCCUUGCAAAUCCCGAAGGGUCAAAUGUGACGAACUUAAACCCGCCUGCGGCACAUGUUCUUCCAGAGGCGAACCUUGCUCUUACCCCCGCCCACGCAUCCCUUCGAAGAAACCCCCCAGAUCUAGAAGAGAAGAGACAGGGAACGACGAUAGAUCUCUAUUACCGGAUUCUUCCGCGCCCUCGGAUGGAGGUUCACCGCUUGGUUUGAUUCAGCCAUUGGGAAUAAAUGCGACAUUACCAGCGGUUUUCUCGAGCCAGUCUAACCAUUGGCAUGGGGCCCUGGCCAUGAAUGAUUUGAAGCUCCUUCAAUUUUUUCAUUUGUACACCGCGAAACAAAUGUCAUUACACCCAAGGAGAGCCAUGGUCUGGCAGCGGAUCAUCCCUGAAUUUGGGAGCAAAAAUCAGUAUCUGAUGCAUCUGCUCCUGGCACUGGGGGGCAUCCACAUGAUUACGCAGCAGGCUGAGGCCAACAGGACUGGGGGAUUUGGAGACUCAGAUACAGUGGACUUACCAAUCAUUGUGGAACAUCAUCAAAGAGGGCUGAAAGGCUUCAGAGAAGAGGUGUCUUGCAUCUCUCCGUCCAAUGCUGAACUUGUUUUUACAGGUUCUUUGCUGCUUGUUGGGUUUGCCUUUGCAUCCCUUAAGAUUCAGGAGCUCAAUUCACCUACUGAGACUCCCGAAGAGAUGAACAGCGCCACAGAAAAUCCCUCUUCAAUAAAUGACGUCUUACAUCUCAACUGGUUAUACCUCAACCGAGGGAUAUCAUCUAUAGUAAAUGAUCAAUGGCAUGUGUUGAAAGCCAGCCGGCUCCGGCAGAUGGUGGUAUUUUCACAUGGUGAUGAGUUUUGGAAAGAUUUACCAUUCAAUGCACCAUCAUCUCGACUUUCUCAUUGCUCACCCCGCCUAUUCAAAUUUGCCGAAGGUGCCAGCCAAGCAGUCGCCAACAUAAAGGCUUCUUUGAAUGCGCUUGAACCCACUGAGGAUGACUUAUCCAGCUGCUCGGGUACGCCGACAUCCCAGCCUUCAGCAUCCAUGACUCAAGACUGGGUUGUGGACGCGCAGUCUGGGGCCUUGGACAUCCUGGAUACGGUGUAUUCACGCAUUCUCUCCGUAUUGCGGUGUGCAGCAACCGAGAAACCUGCUGACAUGGAGAUCCAGUUGGAUUUUGAAGAGGCGGCGAUUUUGUCCUGGCCAGUCCUGCUUCCAAGUCCAUUCUUGGCGUCGCUUGAGAGAAGCAAACAUAAUUGCCUUCAUGGACACUCACUCGUCAUCCUUGCUCAUUUCUAUUUGGUAAAUACUCUAGUUGAUACUUGGUUUCUGAGGGGCUCAUUUGAAAGCGGGAUACUCAAAAUCAAUGCGCUUAUCAGUACCCUGAAUGAGAGCCAACUGUCAACAUUCAUGCUAUGGCCCAAUGAGGUCAUGAAUUUGCCACAGACCUGUACUCCUUAAAUCACAUAUUUACGACCAG